AUGAGCGCUGGAGACGCCGAACAGUGGGUCAAUCUAUUCUUCUCCCAGCAUCCCCCCAGCUGGAUUAAUAUCGCCCAUGUGAAUGAAGGGGGUUUUGAGCCUUUUCAUACAGAUCGAAAAUGGAUACUGUGGAAACAAGUAACUACAGAUAGACGUGCUGGCCCAGAUCGAAUUCAAGUGCUUCGGCUAGCUAUCAAGUGCAAUGGAAGAUAUGUGUACAAAUAUGUCGCUAAGGUGUUUCCCGAGUAUACUGAAAGAGAUGCGCGUGCCCAGCUGCGACGCAUUCCCUUCAAACGCGACCCAAGGGAUGUUAGAGAUGAACUUGACCCGUUCCUAAAUGAGGCCAGGGUAUUCCGUCGCAUAAACAAUUAUUGCGAAAGCUCACAAAGGAUAUAUUUCCCUCGUUUUCACGGCGUUAUCACUGAUCUUGACGAUUCGAAGUUUUUUUCCGGGUAUUUCAACCGCCGGGCCGUUGUACUCGAAUUCAUUAAGCCAGAGCUAUCCUCUCGGCGUAUCCUGGCGACACGAGAACCUGAUGCAACUGAGCGUCACUGGAAUUUCAUGCUGCGGCUCCAGAGUAUAGUGCCGAGCCUUAGUACUUUCGAAGUGGAGUACUACUGUUCUUUAUUCAUUGACCGCAUUCGUCGUCUUUCAGCAUUACACAACCUCGCUAUAACUCAUGGUGAUGUGAGAGAUGAUCAUUUUAGGCUUCCAGGCGACUUCCACGAUACAGUCCUUUAUGACUUCUCCGUUUCAUACACAUUCUCCUCAGUGCCACCUUACCUGAUUAAUUUUCGCCGGCCUAGAUCAUUAAAAGACAUAUCAGAGUACGAGCAAUCGUGCGUUGAGGAGCAAAGCAAUGCAACUGGAUUUUCGAGCUCAUCUUAUUCGGUCAACUGGGGCCCCUGA